AUGAUCAAACUAUUCAAAGUUAGAGAAAAGCAGAAUGAACUUGCUGAAAAUGCCAAUGAUGGCAAGCUUCCUGUUAAGAAGCUAAGUUCUGGAGAGUUGCGUCUUCAAAAAGUUCCAUCAUUUGUUAAUGGUGUAGAUAUAAACGAUCUUAACCUGCCAAGUGUAUGUACCAUAAAGUUCCCAAAUGGAAAGGACGACCUGAAGAACUUCCAGAUUUUCAUUCAUCCCGACGAAGGCUACUACAUAGGAGGCAACUUUCUCUUCUCUUUCCGAGUUUCGCAUAUUUAUCCUCACGAAGCACCAAAAGUGAAGUGUGAAAACGUUGUUUACCAUCCAAAUAUUGAUUUGGAAGGUAAUGUGUGCCUGAAUGUUCUUCGAGAAGACUGGAAACCUGAUCCGAACCAUGAGAAUCCUCUGAAUGUUGAAGCGGGUGAAGUGUUGAGAUAUAGUCCAAAAUUGUUUGCAAUAAACGCGAGAAGGGCAAUGAAUGGUCAGUGUGUUGGUUCAAACUUCUACUCUCGUGUCAUUUAG